UCUGCGGAGCCGCAGCUGGGAUUACAGGGCGAGGGGGUUGGUUCUGACAGCCCCGGGGCCCAAGGGUGGUCUCCCAGGCCCUGGAGAGGGGGAGUCCCUGCAGGCCUUGUCCCCAGUGGCUCUGUCAUCUCUAGGUACAGGCCGGGACCGGCCCGCAAGGACACCCAGAGGGCUCUCAGCCUCCCUGUUGCAGCCGAGGAAAUCGAGGCCCAGAGAAAGGAGGGUCCUCGGGUCACAGGGCCGGGCAGGGAACCUAGGCCUUGCGGCUCCUAGUCCAGCCGCCUGGCCACAGGGGCGGCCCCGCUGCAGCUGCUUGGAAGUCCCUCGGCCUGUUUCCCCACCUGGCAGCGGUCUGUCCUGGUCAGGCAGGCAGGCCUGUGGCGCUAGUACUGUGGUUCUGCUUGUGGCCCAGGGCUCCUGGGAGACUUGGCCAUGGCUCAGGAAUGUGAGGGGGCUUCCUCAGACAGACGAAGGGGCAGCUGAAGUUGAAAAUAGCGGGGCCAGGUGGGGCCCAGCCCGGUGCCCGGGGCCCAGCCCGGUGCCCAGGGCCAGGCUCUUAAGGAGCCCGGGGAGCGGACAGACGCCCGCCCUCCUGGGUCGAAGUCCAGGGGCCCUGCAGGCAGAUGGCCGCAGUAGGUGGUGCUGCCAGCUACCACCUGCUUGGGGGUGAAGCCGGGGGGUGGGCUCUCAGGAACGCUCCUUGUCUGGGAGGAGCAGGGGCGCUUAGUUUCUUAUCUGCUGGGUCAGGGUGGGUGGGAUGAUGGAGCCCCUGUCCUGGAUUCCCCAGCCACGACCCUGAAGCCACUGACCAUGGGGUACCCCCGCCCAGGGCAAAGGCUGCUGGGAGGUGGGGUGGCUGAGCGGCGUGGAGGGCUGACUCUGGAUGGGCAGGGGCAGCUGGCCUCCAGCCGCCCCCCCCCCCACCAGUGCUGCCUACCCUGCCCUGAGCCUGGUAGGCGUGGAUGUGGGUGGGCUGAGGCUGGGCGAGGCAUGGCUGCCCUGGGGCUCACGGCCACCACCCUUGAGGCUCUGCCCGUGGGAGGUGAAUCCCCACUCCCCACCCAACACAAACCAAACCCCGCCCUCCUGGGGCAGCUGGUGCCCCUGCGGAGGGGGCAGCCGAGGAGUGGGGUCUGUUCUCUGCCCUGAGGAGCGAGGAGGUGGGUGGAGGGGGCAGCUGGCAGGGCUGCUGGGGGGAGCGGGGCUCUGGGAAGAAAGGGGCCUUUCAGAGCUGGCCUGCACCCCUUGUUCUCUCCCUGCCCUGCCCCCUGUCCCUCCCCCUUCUGGGGAGCCCUGGAGCUCACCGCGUGUGUCACCCAUUUGGCCCAGGAGUUUGAGAAUGCCGAGGGGGAAGAGUACCCGGCCGACUUCUCGGCACAGGGCUCCCCGGCAGCAGCGGCUCAGAACGGGCCCGACGUGUAUGUCCUGCCACUCACCGAGGUCUCCCUGCCUAUGGCCAAGCAGCCCGGGCGUUCAGGCUGGCAACCCACAUGGCAGAUGCAGGGCCCACACUCCAGAGGUUAAAGUGCAGCUGCUCAAGUCCACAGAUCUGGGCCGGCACAGCCUCCUGUACCUGGAGGAGAUUGGCCACGGCUGGUUUGGGAAGACCCCCAGAGCUCUGAGAACAGCCGGGGACCUUAGGGGAGGCAGACACAAAAGACGGAGUAUUACAGCCACGAGGGCUCGCUCUCCCAGGAGCGGUCCAGAACCCAUUUUGCAGAUGAGUAUUCCUCGGGGAGGUGAACUCGGGCAUCAGUAGCACCCAGGUGGUGGUGAAGGAGCUGAAGGUGAGCGCCAGCGUGCAGGAGCAGAUGCAGUUCCUGGAGGAGGCGCAGCCCUACAGGGCCUUGCAGCACAGCAACCUGCUCCAGUGCCUGGCCCAGUGCGCCGAGGUGACGCCCUACCUGCUGGUGAUGGAGUUCUGCCCGAUGGGGGACCUCAAGGGCUACCUGCGGAGCUGUCGGGUGGCAGAGUCCAUGGCGCCCGACCCUCUGACCCUGCAGCGCAUGGCCUGUGAGGUGGCCUGUGGCGUCCUGCACCUGCAUCGCAACAACUACGUGCACAGUGACCUGGCUCUGAGGAACUGCCUGCUCACAGCCGACCUGACGGUGAAGAUCGGCGACUAUGGCCUGUCUCACGGCAAAUACAGGGAGGACUACUUUGUGACGGCUGACCAGCUGUGGGUGCCACUGCGCUGGAUCGCGCCUGAGCUGGUGGACGAGGUGCACUGCAACCUGCUGGUGGUGGACCAGACCAAGGCCAGCAACGUGUGGUCCCUGGGCGUGACCAUCUGGGAGCUCUUCGAGCUGGGAGCGCAGCCCUAUCCGCACCACUCCGACCGGCAGGUGCUGGCCUAUGCGGUCCGGGAGCAGCAGCUCAAGCUGCCCAAGCCCCAGCUGCAGCUGACCCUCUCUGACCGCUGGUAUGAGGUGAUGCAGUUCUGCUGGCUUCAGCCUGAGCAGCGGCCGACGGCCGAGGAGGUGCACCUGCUGCUGUCCUACCUGUGUGCCAAGGGUGCCACCGAGGCAGAGGAGGAGUUUGAGCGGCGCUGGCGCUCACUGCGGCCUGUGGGGGGCAGCGUGGGCCCCGGGCUGGGGGCGGCAGGCAUGGCACUGGGGGGCAUGGGCGAGCUUGCGGCCACCUCAUCCUUUCCACUGCUGGAGCAGUUUGCUGGCGACAGCUUCCACACGGAUGGUGAUGACGUGCUGACGGUGACUGAGACGAGCCGUGGCCUCAACUUCGAGUACAAGUGGGAAGCCGGCCGCGGCUCCGAUGCCUUCCCGCCACCUGAGGGCGCACUGAGCCCGGGCCGAGACGCGCGUCUGCAGGAGCUCUGCGUCCCUGACGGUGCUCCCCCAGGCGUGGUGCCGGUGCUCAGUGCUCACAGCCCCUCGGUGGGCAGCGAGUACUUCAUCCGCCUGGAAGACCCCGCGCCUGCCGCAGGCCACGACCCCGACUGUGCCGGCUGUGCCCCCAGCACCCUCGCUGCCACCCUGCGCCCCGACGGCAGUGACCAUGAUGACGACUCUGACGGCAGUACGGCCGCCUCGCUGGUCAUGGAGCCACUGCUGGGCCACGCGCCGCCCGCUGAUGGCCCCUGGGGCCACUGCGACUACCACCUAUGCAGGAGCCAUGCCCGUGACCUGCCUUGCACCUCACGCUCACCCCCCCCGGAGACCCCGACGCUGGCGGAGCCCAGAGCAGAGGAUAUUGACUGGGGCGUGGGGGCAUUCUGCCCGCCCUUCUUUGAGGACCCGCUGGGCACAUCCCCCUCCGCGAGCUCCAGGGCCCAACCAUCCCCAGGUGGGGAAGAGCUGGGAGAGGCUGGGAUGCCCAGGACUGCCCAGCACAGACACUGGAGCUCCAAUGUAUCUGCAAACAACAACCGCAGCAACCGAGCACCAGAAUUCUGGGUCCCGGGCCUCUCAGGUUACACGGACUGCUGCCCUGGUGUGAAGCAGGCCCUACAGACCGUCCCUGAGCUGGGCCAUCCUCUGAUCCCAGAGGACCUCAGAGAGUCUCUCCUUGGGCCAAAGGGGGCCUCCUCUGGUAAGGAGAUGGGCCGCUGCCUUGGCCUCCCCCAUCUGUAUCCUACUGAGGGCCUGACACCUGCCCCGUGCCUGGUCACAUCCCCGUGGACAGAGGCAGCCAGAAGUGGUGGUGACAGCCCCCAGGCAGAGCCCAGGCUUGCAGAGGAGGCCGAGGGCUCUGCUGGACUCCAGCUGCCCCUUCCCUCCAUCCCAUCCCCAUCCCAAGAGGGAGCCCUGCUUCCUGCCGAGGAGGCCAGCACCCCGCCCACCCUGCCUGCUUCACCCACGCCCACUGGCAGCCCACAGCCUGCCACUGAGCCAGUCCAGGCCCUGGACAGCGACAGUGGCAGCAGCUCCCCUGAGCUGGAGGCACCAGGCAGUGAAGACGAAGACACGACUGAGGCCACUUCUGGUGUCUUCACUGACUUGUCCAGCGACGGCCCGCAGGCUGAGAAACCAGAUGUGACACCAGCCUUCCGCUCCCUACAGAAGCAGGUGGGGACCCCCGACUCCUUGGACUCCCUGGACAUCCCAUCCUCAGCCAGUGAUGGCGGCUCUGAGGUCUUCAGCCCAUUAGCUGUUGGCCCCCCUGGCGGGCAGCCCCGAGCCCUGGACAGCGGCUAUGACACAGAGAACUAUGAGUCCCCUGAGUUUGUACUCAAGGAGGCCCAUGAGCCCUGUGAGCCUGAGGCCUUGGAGGAGCUGGCCUCAGAGGGUGAGAGCCCCGGGCCAGAGACUCGUCUCUCCGCCUCCCUGGGUGGCCUCAGCGAGAAGAAUCCUUACCGCGACUCUGCCUACUUCUCAGACCUGGACACGGAGCCAGAGCCCCCCUUGGGCCCCAAGGAGAAGCAAGGAGGUGUCCCAGUCCCCGGGCCAGAGCCCGAUCUGGAGAGCCUGAAGGGCCCCAGGCUGCCGUCUGCACUGCCCUCCCCUGAGUUGGGGAUGCUUGGGGAGGCACAGGGCUCUGGCCCCAGGGAGGUGCCGCCACUGCCACUGCUUGAGGACUCUUCCCCAGAGCCAAGCGCCUGCCCCAGGGGCCCCAGGCUGGAGCCUCCCUGGCCCCAAGACCCAGCCCAGGUGCCACCCAUGCCCAGCCCCGGGCACUCUAAGAUUUUCCUGCUGACUCCGGUCCGGCCCAGCUCAGAAGGCCACCGCCCCGAGCUCCAGGAGACCCUGGGACUGCUGUCAGGGUCGGGCCUGCAGGAACGGACAGGGGGUCCAGGUGCCCCCAGAACCCCACUCUGCCUGGCCCUGCCGGCAGUCCCCGCGGCUCCAGAGGGGCGGCCGGAGGAGGAAGAGGACGACAGCGAAGACAGUGACGAGUCGGACGAGGAGCUCCGCUGCUACAGCAUCCAGGAGCCGAGCGAGGAGAGCGAGGAGGAGGCGCCGCCUGUGCCAGUGGUGGUGGCGGAGAGCCAGAGUGCGCGCAACCUGCGCAGCCUGCUUAAGAUGCCCAGCCUCCUGUCUGAGGCCUUCUGCGAGGACCUGGAGCGCAAGAAGAAAGCCGUGUCCUUCUUCGACGACGUCACCGUCUACCUCUUCGACCAGGAAAGCCCCACCCGGGAGCUCGGGGAGCCCUUCCCUGGCGCCAAGGAGUCGUCCCCCACGUUCCCGGUGGGCAGCCCGGGCUCCCCCAGCACCCCCGGCCGGCCUCGGCGGGCUGACCGCUCCCCCGACGGCCCCGCGGCCGAAGAGGGCGGAGGGUUCGAGUGGGACGAUGGCCUCCCGCCGACGCCGGCCCAGGAGCCUGCCCCGUGCGUCCCCGCUGCGCCCGCCAAGCCCAGCCCCUUCUCUCGCUUCACUGUCUCACCAGCGCCUGCGUCCCGCUUCUCCAUCACACACGUCACCGACUCGGACUCCGGGUCCGUGGGAGGUCCUACAGCAGGUGCUGGGGGCAGCUGUAAAGAGGCCUGAGCCCCAGGCAGCCCCUGCUUGGAUCCCCUGCCGGUUCUCUCCCCGGCAGCAGCGAGGAUGGUGACCAAGAGUGGUGGGGACUUUCAUCUUGGCAGUGGUCAGCAGCAGCUUCCAAGCGCUUCGGUGCCCCAUGCAGCACCCUGGAGGAGCAGGGCAGGCGCUGGACAUAAGAGCAUCUGUGCACACCAGCCCUGUGCUGCCCUGGGGGCAGGAUUUGUCCUGGACACUUGGGUUUGCUGCUAGGCCCUAGGGAUGCCCUACAGCCGCCCCUCACCCUGAAGCUGCCCCCUCCCCCCCGGCCCCCUGCUGUCAAGACUGCUUGGCCUCUGAGGCCAGGGGCCCUCGCACGCCCUGCCUGCAGGUUCCUGUGGUGUAUUACAGGCUGCUGUGUCCUCACCCCAGGUGAGAGGGCAGGUACAGGCCUGCUAGGACGGCCUCUCCCUGCCCCCUUUGCCCCUUCUGCCGGUUCAGGGUUUGCUCAGUGCAAGAAGAGGACACCGGGCUCGUGUGUCCCCGCUCCAAGUCUGUGGCUGUUUCCCCUUCACUGAAUCAGUUAGACCGUAAGCUCUCCCUUCCCACAGGGUAUGGGCCAGCUCCUGCCUGGGUCCCACUGGAGCCCUGCAAGGGGACUGAGGUGGGCAGCCCGAAAGAUGGGGGGCUUUCAGGUCGCAGUCCUGCUGCUUCAGCCCCUGUCUAGAGGUGUCUGUGGCUCCCCUCUGCAAGGUAGGGCCCAGCCCGGCCCAGCUGCCAAAGGAAAGUGGCGGCUGCCCCCCACGGUCAGUGUCAGGGGGUUCCUACUGCAGGGAUGGAGACAGUGGGAAGGGGUGGAGCUGGGAGGGAGGGUGGGGCAGGGCAGCACAGGGGGUAUUUUUGUAACGCUGUUGUCAGAACAGAUGGAAGAGGGAUGCUUUUAAGUUAUUGUUGCCAAAGAGACAUAAAAUUUAUUGUUGCUUUUGGGGUGGGGGUGUGGGUGGGGACUUGUUUUGAAUUUGUUUUUUGUUUAUUUGAGGCUUAUGAUGCUGGUACAAUGAUCGUCUUGUUCCUUUCUUGUCUGUUUGUUUUUUAAGAGAAAUCAAAACUAAGGAAAAAAGCCUUCAUGCUAAGCGUGUUUUCUUUUGGAGUCUGCAGAUAAAGCCUUGGGCAGGAGGGGGCAUGGGCUGUGCUGGGGUGGGGGUCCCUAUAGUCCCUUCUGACCACUGGGGGAUGCAGGAGGGAGACCACCCCUUCCUCUAGCUGUCCUUGGCACACCUUGGUGGAGGGACACAGUGACCUUGGGCCCCUAGGGUGCCCAGGUUGGGGUGUCUUCCCAGAACAGGGCCAGCGGACUGACGCCUGCAGCCCUCACUUCCUGCCUGGAAGCUGGCCCUACCUAGGUAAGGGUGAGAGGGAACCUCUCCGGGAAGCUCUUCCUCCUGCCUCUCCAGGGGUGGCCCCUGUCCCUCAGCACGGGGAGGCCGGGUGAGGGGGCGGUGAGCUGGGAGCAAGGUGGGUUGUGAGGAGGUGGGGCUUCUGUGCCCCUCCACCGCAAACAUCUGCCCUGUGACCCUGCCUCGCCUCACCUGGCCUGCCUCCAGCUUCUGCAAGGUGAGAGCCUCUGGGGCCCCACCCCCUGUGCUUCGUGUUCUGGGCUGUGCGCAGAGCCCCUCCUGGGAGGGUCUGGGAGGAGCAAGCGAACGCUGCCCGGAACUGAACGUCUCCUGAGGUAAGGACUGCUGUCACCAACGUGGUUAUUAGCACGGCUGUAUUUCAGCCUUAAAUGUCAAACAGCAUGGAUCCGAUAGCUUCUAAAAUCUUAUAUUUCAGCUGAAAUAUGGAAACAGCCAGAGCAUUGAGGGGGCCCACCCAGGAAUCCUGGGGUAGGCCCCCUCAAUGGCACACAGCCUGGGGAGCCAGGCCACAGCACCGACCACCCUGGGGACAGGGAGGAGAGCUGGGGGCCCUGCAGCCAGUUCUGGAUGGGAGUUAGUUAGGGUGUGGGCAGGGAGAAACUGGGACAGAGAGGCCCACAAAACUGCCAGUGGCAGGGGGGAGACCCAGCAAAGCCCCAAUCAGGGGUCUGCCAGGAAGUUGUGCUCAUACUAAAUCCAAGGAAGGGAGGCCGGCCCUCGCUCUCCCCUUCCCCUCCCCUCCCUCCCCUUGCCCCUGCAUUGCUGCCGCAGGCACGUACUACAGGUGGGCGGCCUCAUUACUGACCAGACAGGGGCUCCCCUUACAGCUACAAGCUGAUGCGAUGGCCCUCCCUGCACCUUGGGGGCUCCCUGGCCCACACGACAGAUGGGCCUGAUUCAAAAGGUUGGCCGCCCAGCCCAGGCAGCAGGUCCCUGCUCCCCUCACUCUCCUUGGCCACGGCCAUGCCACCUCCUGACCCUGUAGGAACAGCCGGGGUCCAGCCCAGGCCAGAUUGAGGUGGGGGCAGAAGGGCUUGGAAGGAGACAAUUCUCUAAAUGGGGAGCAAGCAGAUUGUAACAAAACAGGUUACAGGUCAGGGUGUGGGAGGAGGGGCCCCACAGGCAGUGGGUGCAGAUGUGGCCGUCAGCUGAGGAGUGGGGCAGACCUGUCAUUGGUCACCGUCGGCUUCAGCUGGACGCUGGCGAAGGGAUUCCUGAGAAGAGGAGAGAAGAGUGGUUUGAGUGGUUUUCGGGAGGGGUGCUGAGUGCCGCCCUGUGGCUACAGACGGCACCCACCUGGACCCCGAUGGCCCAGCCUCUGAGCUCAGGGCCCGGGGGUGGCAGAGGCCACGGGGGAGAGCCAGAAAGGGGCGCUGUCCACAAGGCCAGCUAAGCCCCAGUGCGCCACCCUCUGCUCACCCCCCCCCAGGUGCCCCACCUCAAACCGUCAACCCUCCCACAGGCAGGGUGGGUGGGCAUGGGGGGGCCCCGCCACAUCAGCCCUGGUCCUUUCUCUGCAACCUGAGGCAGCCCCACAUGAGCCGCACCCGAGCUCGGUGCACCGCCCCCUAAGGCCAAGCGCCCCCGCCACCUGCCCGGGAGCAGCAGCUGAGCCCAUCUGCAAGGACACAGCUGUUGACACAUAGAGCCACAGCUCAGCAGAGCGCACAAGCCCAGCCCAUGCAUCCUGGGGGCCCAGAGAGUGGCCCGUCCCAUGCCGACAUGACAGACACGAGGCGCAGGCACCCCAGCGACAACGGGGCUGGUAGGAGUGGACGCCCGCAGCCCCUGCGGAGGGGCUGACCGCCUCCUCAGAGAGGAGCCGUGCCUGCCCCUGCGUGCCGAGGCUGCGGCUGACAGACAGACGCACCAGACAAGGGGCUGAGAUGGAACGAGAUGAGUGCAGGGUGGGGCUGGCACCUGGCCUCGUGCUCACGGAGGCCUCUCCUCCUCGGCGGGCUCCGAGGACCUGCCCAGGUGGAGACGGCACAGGAGAGCAGGCCAGGGGACGUCAGGCAGUCCCAAGGGUGACAGCACGGAUGGCACGUGGGACACGGAGGGCUCGGCCUGAACGGGAGCCGUUACCUGGGGCGGGAGUGGCCUCUGACAUGGCUGGGCGUCCACAGGAGCUGGGUGGGCGCUCUGUCCAGGUGCCCAGGAAGAUAGAAUGUGGGGUGGGCAACCCUGUGUUUGCCUGAGGACCUGGCAUUUUCUAAAACACUGAGGCACUUUGAACAACUGAGUCCAAAGGAUGAACUAGUGAGAGGAGACUGAUCUGCAUCUCCAAGAUGCUGCCUGACAGUUGGCAGCACCCGCAGCCGUUCCACCCCUGCCUCGGAACAUCUGCACCUGAUGAAAGGCCCUUCCAGCCGGCGGGGCCUCAGUCUCCCUCAUUCAGGUCCUCUCUGGCCUCCCAGGCUUGGGUCUGAGCAGAUGUGCUUCAGCCCCACUGGCCCCAGGCAGGGGCAGCCUGGAGGUUCUGAAACCGAGGUUCUGCUGUGACCAGCGUCAUCUGCCCUGGGACGGAGGAUGCAGGGCAGCCACGGGGGCGGCCGCCUUGACUGGACUCUUGUCCUAGAGGAGGGCUCCAUGCCCUUGGCAGUCUGCAGCCAGGGUCAUGGCGGGGGGUCUUGUGGGGCUGGAAACGGGGCAGGUUUGUCCAUCCAGAGUCGGGGACCCAGCAGGGGAAGGGACCCAGAGAAGGGAGGAUGGCACCUGUGCUGACCAGAGCCAGGGGCAAAAGGGAGUUCCAGCCGGGUGUGUCCUGACGCACCUACAUUCUCAUCAGAAAGGGUCAGUGACCAGCCACGUGUAAAUCAACGAAGUUACAACACACCCUCAAACCAUAUACAAAAAUAAACUCAAAAUGGCUUAUAGACUUAAAUAUAAGACAUGACACCAUAAAACUCCUAGAAGAAAACAUAGGCAAAACAUUCUCUGACGUAAAUCGUACCAGUGUUUUCUUAGGUCAGUCUCCCAAGGCAAUAAAAACAAAAGCAAAAAUAAACAAAUGGGACCUAAUCAAACUUACAAGCUUUUGCACAGCAAAGGAAACCGUAAACAAACAAAAAGACGGCCUACAGAUUGGGAGAAAAUAUUUGCAAAUGAAGCAACUGACAAGGACUUAAUUUCCAAAAUAUACAAAACAGCUCAUACCUCUCAACAACAAAAAACCAAACAACCCAAUCGAAAAAUGGGCAGAAGACCUAACUAGACAUUUGUCCAAAGAAGACAUACAGAUGGCCAACAUGCAUAUGAAAAGAUGCUCAACAUUGCUAAUUAUUAGAGAAAUGCAAAUCAAGACUACAAUGAGGUACCACCUCACACUGGUCAGAAUGGCCAUCAUUAAGAAGUCUACAAAUUACAAAUGCUGGAGAGGGUGUGGAGAAGAGGGAACCUCCCUACACUGUUGGUGGGAGAUUGGUGCAGGCACUAUGGAAAAGAGUCUGGAGGUUCCCCCCAAAACUAGAGUUGCCAUGUGAUCCAGAUGAAACUAAUUCAAAAAGAUCCAUGCACCCCUAUGUUCACAGCAGCACUAUUCACACUAGCCAAGACAUGGAAACAACCUAAAUGUCCACUGACAGAUAAAUGAAUAAAGAUGUGGUAUAUACACAAUGGAAUAUUAGCCAUAAAAAAGCAUGAAAUAAUGCCAUUUGCAGCAACAUGAAUAGACCUAGAGAUUCUCAUACUAAGUGAAGAAUGACUAAUAGCACAUGAUAUCACAUAUAUAAAAUCUAAAAAAAUUAUACAAAUGAACUUAUCUACAAAACAGACUCACAGACAUAGAAAACAGACUUGUGGUUGCCAAGGAGGAAGAGGGGUGGAGAGGGGUGGAUUGGGAGUUUGGGAUUAGCAAAUGAAAACUAUUAUAUAUAGAAUGGGUAAACAAGGUCCUACCGUAUAGCACAGGAAAUUACAUUCAGUGUAUCCUGUGAUAAACCAUAAUGGAAAAGAAUAUAAAAAAGAACAUAUAUGGGUAUAACUGAAUCACUUUGCUAUAUGGCAGAAAUUAACACAACAUUGUAAAUCAACUAUACUUCAAUUAAAAAAAAAGGGUCAGUGGCAAACCCACACUACCACCUGAACCAGGAAGACCUCCCUGAAGAGGGUGUCUGGCCUCUGACCCACACCGUCCCCCAAAACAGUGUGACCAUGGAAGAAGCAUGUGCUGUCCACACUGCAGGUUCUGAGGAAGGAGGUGGCAGCUGUAAUCACUCCAGACCUCUGGAGCGACUCCCUCCUGCAGCCCCAGCCAGAGACCCCUGGGUGGGACACUCCCACCCUUCAGCAUCAGAGGAAGUGUGAGGCCCCCUUGGGUGCUCACCACCUUCUGGGAUGUUCUGUGAAAGAACAGGCUUAAGAGCUACCCCCGGGGAGGGCACCUGAGUGACCCCAGGUGAGGGACUUGGGUCAACACUGGGAUGACAAAACAUGACAAGAUUUGGACCUGAGGCACUGCUGAUCCUGCUGUCCUGCAGACGUCCGUCACUGCCCAGGGGUGGACGCCGGGGCCAAUCAACAGACGACCACCCAGACACAGAACAAGCUCUUCUUGACCCAAAUGGGAGACGCUGGAGUAUGCGAGAGCCAGUGCUGUCAGGAUGCCAGGGCCCCUCCCCAGGCAGGGCCACCAGGCACUCAGGUGCCCGACUGGUGGCUGGGCUCUGUCCCCCUCCUGAGCAGGGACACAGGGACAGCCGGUAGCUUUUAUACGGAAUGGAUUUGUAUCCUCCGGGGGGCAGGCCUGAAGUCCCGGGCAUGGUGAAGGGAGGCAUGAGCCAGGUCCCCCGCCAGGAAUGGCUGUCCCCACCACCCAGUCCUCUGCAGACCCCCACAGCCUGACGAGGUGGGACCCCUGCAGCCAAGCAGCAUUCGGGUCCAGGCUCAUGAAACAUUCGUCACUGAGGAUUUGGUGGAAUCACCUUCGGUUAUCUUCUGAAUCCACUUCUUGAAUAAGAAAGGGGGUGGUUCUGAGAACAGCCCGGUCAGCACAAAGCGUGGCUUGUGUCCUGUGGUGACUCCGGGGCAGAGAAGGAGCGAAGAGCAGUCACAGCAUAGAUUUCAACUUCCUCCACGUUUUCCUCUUAAAACGUGGCACAACUUCAGAACGUCGGCCCUUCUGGACUUGAGUCGUUCUCCUCCCCGGCCCUCCUCCCAGGGCUGUGAGCUCUGGCAAAGUUGAGCAACGUCCCUCAACCAACCAGAGGUGGCUUGUGACACCCCCGCACCUGGUAGGAUCAUCAGGACAGGCAGACCCUGCGGCCGCCGUGCUGUGAGCUCCCAGAGAUGAGUGCACCCCCGCCCGCCGUGCCCCUGGGGCUCUGCCCUCCAUCCAGGGGUGGGGUUCUAGGCAGAGGCCAUACGAGCCUCCCUGAGCCUUCACCCCCUUCCAGUACCUCCAGUGGGUGAGAUCAGCUGGGCUCCACCAGCUCAGAGGGACCACGAGGGCAGCAGAGGUGGGGGCGGGAGAUGCAGGUGUCUCAAAGCAUCUCGGAAGAAGAGGGAUAGAUGCAGGGGAGGAGAGUGGCCCAGGUCACCCACUGCUGAGCCAGGGUCAAAGUCAUUUCUCCCAUCCCCCAAUUUCAGGAGCACUUGUCUCUAGAGUUUUCCAGAACUCACACUGCAACUCAUCAAGAGAAAGGCAGGAAAAAACAAACAAACAUAUAUAUAGAUAAAAAAAAACCCUGGCAGUCCAGUGGUUAGGGCUCUGCGCUUCCACUGCUGGGGGCCCGGGUUUGAUCCCUGGUCAGGGAACUAAGAUCCCACAAGCCACGCAGUGUGGCCUAAACAAACAAACACACACACCAAAAAAAAACCCAAGAAAGGCAGUGAAGGAGGGAGAGGGAGAGUCCAGGACCUGCUGCCCACAGGGAGGGAGGAUGGCAUCUCCAUGACACCCAAGGAGGUGAAGUGAUGACCAUCUUUGUAAAGGGCCCACGUGCCAGCUUCGCGCAGCAGGCUUCUCAGUGACAGGGCUGGGGUGGGGCAGAGGGGCAGCAGUGCUGCCCAGACCCAGGCACAGGAGCCCAGAGCAGUGGGCUCCCCCUGCACGCCCCACCCCAGCUGUUGGCGCUUGCUUUCCAAGGGCACAGGGGAAGGGACCAUCACCAGUUGGGAGCUGGAGGAGGCCCCUGGGGCCUGCUCUGGAAGCCUGGAGUAGCCCCCUGGAGCCAUGUCGGGGCAGACAGCAGCUGAGCCUGCGCAGAACGGGGCCACUGCAUCUGCUCAUCCCCUGCGGGGCAGAUGCGUGCUGCUGCUCCCGCGUGCCUGUGGCUCUCACCUGGGCACAGGCCAUGGCGCUAUCCCCACACCCAUCCUGGUCUCCCCAGCCCUCGAGGGGCUGCGAUACUCACCAACCCAGGAGCCAGCCAGGCCGGGCUCAGACCCACGCUCAGGGACCGGUCUGAGGGGCACUCAGCCGAAGGAGCCCAAAGCCAGCCUCGCAGCUGAUCACCAGGCUUCACCCCGAUUAUGGCCAAAGCACCCAGCAGAAGCAACAGGGAACCCAGACAGAGGGCCAGGACAGACCCGCAAGCUUCCAGAGGGAGGAAAUCCGAGAGCCCAAGGAGAGGUCCAGGGAGGCAAAGACCCAGAGCCGAGAGCAGACGCAGGCUCAGCAGACCCUCGGACCCCAGCAUAAGAAAACCAGGGCAACUUACUAACUCUAGUCAGGGGCCGCUCAAAAUCUGGCCACUUCCACAUCGGCACUGCAAGGAAACACAGGGCUCAGUUGAUGCACGUGGAGCAGGUGGGAGUGAGGUCUGAGGACUCCGAGGGGACAUAAGCCGGAUGGAGGAUGGGGGGACGCCUGGCAGCUAGCAUAUGCUGCCGGGAGCAUGUACCACCAGCCACAGGGCAGAGCUGGCUCUCCAGCCCGCGGGAGGGGUCUGCAGGGAGGCAGCUCCAAGGAGCAGCUCAAGCAGGGCGUCCCUGGAUCAGGCCCACGUGGCUCUCCCCCAGGGUGCGGGCCUCCCCAGGCGCCCCCAGGGAGAGCAGUGUGGCCUGGCACGCUCUGCACCUUGGUCACUCUGUCGGCGAGGAGGCCAGGCUUUGCACGUGGCCCGGACACACGCAGAGGGGCUGGAAGGAGGCGCCACACCCAACUCGAUGCAAUAAAUAAAACUUUUAUUCAAACGACUGCAGUACAGGGCACAAUUCAGAUUAAAAAAAAAAAAAAGACGAAAGGAAACAGGAAAAAUAUUUUCAG